CUUAUCGCUUGUGAUCUCUUGUCCCGCCUCUCAUUCUCUGGCAGGUUUCUGAUUCCUCCGGUUUGGGUUUUUCUUCUUCCCUUCGUGCUUCACGUGGCUCUACAGAUGGGACUCAGGAUUGGUCAAGCUUUGGGGAUUAUCCGUCCAACAGCCAAUGGGUGCAUUCUACCCGCCCGAAUCCAAGAUGGCGGCUCUGGGGACUGGCAAGGGGACCCCGGGAAGGAGGAGGUGAAACGGUCUCGGCCGGAGGAUUCGGGCCCCAUCGCUCCGGGUUGUCCCCUCUCGCUACCGGGCCAGCGAGGGUCUCGGCCUCUGCCCGAGGCAUGGCUGCGGAAAGCAACAAGCAGUUCUGGAAACGGAGCGCGAAGCUACCGGGCAGUAUUCAGCCUGUUUAUGGAGCUCAGCAUCCUCCACUGGACCCACGGCUCACGAAAAACUUCAUCAAGGAACGCUCCAAGAUCAAUACGCUAUCUAUGAAAAAUAAGAAGGCCAGCAGUUUUCAUGAGUUUGCUCGGGACACCAGUGAUGCGUGGGAUAUUGGGGAUGAUGAAGAUGAAGAUUUCUCAUCUUUCCAAACAUUGAACUCUAAAGUGGCCAAAGCCACAGCAGCACAAGUCCUGGAAAAUCACAGCAGGCUGCGUAUGAAACCUGAGUGGCCCCAGGCAGCUCUUAGUGAUGCACCAAUCAAUUGUAAAGUCAUCAAAUCCAAUAGUGAGGCCCAGCUAUCCAGAGGACCUGAGGAUGCCUGUAUGCGCAACUCCCUCCACAAACAGCAAUCCCUCCCACUCCGACCCAUCAUUCCACUUGUCGCUCGCAUCUCUGACCAAAAUGCUUCUGGGGCUCCUCCCAUGACGGUGCGUGAGAAAACUCGCUUGGAAAAAUUCCGGCAGCUUCUGUCCAGCCAAAACACAGAUCUAGAUGAAUUGAGGAAAUGCAGCUGGCCUGGUGUCCCCAAAGAGGUUCGUCCUGUGACUUGGCGACUUUUAUCAGGUUAUCUCCCUGCCAAUAUGGAACGAAGGAAGCUGACUUUACAACGAAAACGAGAAGAGUAUUUUGGCUUCAUUGAACAGUAUUAUGACUCCAGAAACGAGGAACACCAUCAAGAUACUUAUCGGCAGAUCCAUAUAGACAUUCCACGGACAAAUCCCCUCAUCCCUCUGUUCCAGCAGCCAUUAGUUCAAGAGAUCUUUGAACGAAUCCUGUUUAUCUGGGCCAUCCGACACCCUGCCAGCGGCUACGUGCAAGGGAUUAAUGACCUGGUCACUCCAUUCUUUGUUGUGUUCCUCUCUGAAUAUGUUGAAGAGGAUGUGGAGAACUUUGAUGUAACAAACCUGUCUCAAGAUGUGCAUCGAAGCAUCGAAGCUGACAGCUUUUGGUGUAUGAGCAAACUGCUGGAUGGGAUCCAGGACAAUUACACAUUUGCACAACCAGGGAUCCAAAAAAAAGUCAAAGCACUGGAGGAACUGGUCAGUCGUAUUGAUGAGCAGGUACACAGUCACUUUAGGAAGUAUGAAGUGGAGUACUUGCAGUUUGCCUUUCGCUGGAUGAACAAUCUCCUGAUGAGGGAGCUUCCUCUUCGCUGCACCAUUCGUCUUUGGGACACUUAUCAGUCGGAGCCUGAAGGAUUCUCUCAUUUCCAUUUAUACGUCUGUGCUGCAUUCUUGAUUAAAUGGCGGAAAGAGAUUUUGGAUGAAGAGGACUUCCAGGGUCUUCUAAUGUUAUUACAAAAUCUACCCACCAUACACUGGGGCAAUGAAGAGAUUGGACUCCUCCUUGCUGAAGCCUACAGACUAAAGUACAUGUUUGCAGAUGCUCCCAAUCACUAUCGUCGAUAGGUAGUAGAGUUUCUGCCUUUGCUUCUCAUUGUGCUGGCACAGUUUCGAUCACUGUGGCAUUCGAUCACCUAAGCCCUCGGACACACUGACCAGGAGCCCAAUCUUUGCUGUAAAAAAAAGCUCCCAUCAGACUUCUGCCUUCACUUUUGUGUGUGCCUGCCUGCCACUCCAUGUGUGGACGUGCCACUCCAGAAACGAUUAGUGUCCUGCUGUGAUGGUGGCCUGAGCUUGGAUGGAAGUGAAAUGAAUAAACAGAACUUCUGAAUGCCCUCCAAGUUUCAGCCUAGAUAGUCUUACGUCUUGCAGCCUCUUGUUAACCUGCUAAGCACAGACAAACUCAUGCAAUUCCUCUUUGGCCUGUUUCUUUUUUUCUUGUUUCCCUCUGUUUCUUCUUCGGCGGUUGUUUAAACUCCCCAAUGAAGAUGCCUUACAAAGAGUCCUGCCCAAGAGAAGGCAGUGCUGUUGAACACAAGACACUCUCAGGCCUUAGCUUCACUCUGCAUGUCUGAAGAAAUGAGGCAUUUCAGGCAUUAACAAAAGACAUAUAUACUUCCAUGUGCAUGCUGCCACAUUCCUCUUGUGCAGCAUCUCUGUGGGAUGGCGCGCACACAUUGAAAAGGCUGUUUAGUUCAUGCACAAUUCAGAAAAUGCAAGUGAAUAAAACAGAGCUCCACUUGUGGUUGUUGGACUGCCUAACUUGGUAUGUGCACUGAACGUUUGGGGGGGUGGGGAGCUGUGCUUUCCCCCCCUUCUUUUUUUAGGAAAAAAAAUCCUUUCUGUGACAAUGACACUCCUGUAAGGCAUUAUAUGUAAAUUGUGUUCUUGUGUAUAUGGGUAAAGGUUGUACAAUAUAAGUCUUCUGUUUGUAGCAGAUAUGAUUUUAUAUUUAUAGUCUGCCUCUGGCAUACAAACGCUGCCUAGGUUACAAAUAGCAAUGGGCCUCCUGCUUCCUCUGUCCAUCAGGUUUUGAAGCUGUCAACACAUCUGCACUAGCACAUUUAUUCUUCCCCAGAAUGCACAUUUCGUUUUUAUCAGAAAACAAAAAUUGACUCCAAAGCAGAGUGAUAUUGCAUGACCUCCAGUGCCAAGGAAUUUGAGGUUCUGAAGAUUUUAAAAACUUGCUGCUGAACCAUGAAUUUCAUGGAAUUUUUUUCUGCAGGAUGCUUGCACUUCCCGAACAGCACUUGAGCUUGCCCCUGUGGAAAGUUCUCCUCCAGCUGUGGCAAAGCACAUUGCUAUGGCCAUGUCUUUGACAAGUUUUGUGUCCUAUCCUGUGUCUUCUGGAUGUUUAUAAAGCUCAGCUAUAUCCACCCUUUCUCCAGGCAGAGACCUCUUCAAAGCUUCAAGGCUCCAGCCUCUUCUGGGGAGACAGCAGCUUUAAUACCAAGCCCACUUUUUCUCCUCUCCAUUAUUGCAGUGUGGUUUCCAGUGAAAAAAAGGAAUUAUACAUUUUAAUUGACUGGUUAAUGCAGGCAGCAGUACAAUCUCAUUAGUGCCAAGCUUUGACCUCUCAGAUCACAGUUGUUUCCAUAAGCCGAAUUCUUCAGAUUGUGCCGGGAUGACUUCGGCUUGUCUCAUCAAACUUCCAACUGCAUCCACCUCAUUUUGUUUUUCUUCUUGGAGUUGAAAAAGGAAAAGCAAUCUCCUGGGUUUUUUGUUUUUGUUCAGUGUUGUGGGGGGAAUAUUUUGAGGCAGAAGGACACAAGACCCUGGCCAUAAUUCUGACACCAAGCAGUGUUUCUCAAGUUGCUUUCCAAACCGGGAAUUGUAUUUUUCAGGCAUUGACUGGAUUUUCCUUUGUAAGUGUGUAUGUGUGAAUUUGUGGUUUCCAUUCAGACAACAACCUGGUGGUCAUUAGUUUAAUAUGACUGAUUAAAAAA